AUGCUCGUCCCGUCACCUGGACGUCCAGCCGGCUGGGGCUUGAGUAGAAGGAUUGCGAGCGAGGACGGCGGGCUUUGGGGCCUCGGAAAGCCGACAAUAUGGAGGCACCUCCAGUCACCAUGAUGCCUGUGACAGGUGGCACUAUCAAUAUGAUGGAGUAUUUACUGCAGGGAAGUGUUUUGGAUCACAGUCUGGAGAGCCUUAUACACCGACUUCGGGGUCUAUGUGACAACAUGGAGCCUGAAACUUUUCUGGACCAUGAAAUGGUGUUCCUCUUAAAGGGGCAACAAGCUAGUCCUUUUGUUUUAAGGGCCCGGAGAUCGAUGGACAAGACAGGGGCACCCUGGCAUCUGCGCUACCUGGGACAACCUGAGAUGGGGGACAAGAAUCGUCAUGCCCUAGUACGUAACUGUGUAGAUAUUGCCACAUCAGAAAACCUGACUGAUUUCUUGAUGGAGAUGGGCUUCCGAAUGGACCAUGAAUUUGUUGCCAAGGGCCACUUGUUUCGAAAAGGCAUCAUGAAAAUCAUGGUAUAUAAGAUUUUCCGCAUUCUAAUGCCAGGAAACACAGAUAGCACCGAGGCCUUGUCCCUCUCCUAUCUUGUAGAACUAAGUGUUGUGGCACCAGCAGGACAAGACAUGGUUUCUGACGACAUGAGAAAUUUUGCUGAACAACUAAAGCCUUUGGUUCACUUGGAGAAGAUAGAUCCCAAAAGACUAAUGUGACAGAACAGGACUGCCUGACAUUGGGGCCUGUUGUUGCAUUACAGAAACCAAGACUCUAAAUAAAUAUCCUUGGACUUCUUUAGACUUCUUUGCUUCAAGAAUAAGGGUCCCAGGAGCUUACCUGAGAUCUGGACCUCAAAUCUCCUUUUCUGGAGAUUUCAACAUGGUCGGUACCAUAUAAUUAGCUUAUUUGUUGGGGUAUAUUAGCUGUACCUUUUUUUAUUGCAUUUUUUUCAGUUAUCAAACCUUUAUUUUUUUUUGUCCUCUUCUGCAAUGUAAAAAAAAAAAAAACAAAAUCCUUGAAAUAAAUUACAAGCAGUGCCAUUUUGAUGGUCUGAGAUCUGACCUUAAAUUUGAUCAGAUUUCAUUCUGUUAAUCCUUUUCUGUUAGCAAAGGAAAAAGAUGAGCAAAAACAGUUUUUUGCAGGCAAGGGAAUUUUAUUAACUCAGUUUUUCCUCAUUAAAAUUUUGAGUGAGAGUAUCUAAGACCAAACACAGUUAAAAUAUCUCGUUUGGUAAAGAAAUGUGUAAAGCAUUGGUUCCAUAGUUUCUCAUUAAAGAACAGACUUUUUCCGCCCUAACUAUUAACAGGUUUGUUAUCAACCAAAGAAGCAUGCUGUAAUCUACAUAUUCUGUGAAGCCAAAAGCAAUGGUAAUUCAUGAUGUGAUAAAGAAUAAUUAUUUUUAAUAUUUUGUGAAUACUCCUUUUUUUCAAGUCAGUUACCUGGAUAUUCCUCUCAUCUCCCCCAUUUCCCAAAUUAAAUCUUCCCUUGUAAAAUCAUUUAAACAAAAAACAUCCUCUCCAAGUGACUGCAUAUUACAUUGCAGUGCCUCACCUUUGAGAGGCAGAAUGUUUAUUUCCUUAUCUGUUCUCCCUAGUUCAUUAUUGGUUUUUGUUUACUCAGAGUAAUUAAAUAAUUCCUUUAAAUGAUUGUUUUA